AUGGCGCAAAGUAACCUCUCUGCUGUUCUCCGUAAAGUGGACGACUUAUGCUUGGUAAGAUAAAAUUCUGCAUAUUCCUGCAUUCUAUUUAAAUUACUUGUCAUGUGUUUAAGCAUAUUUAAGUGGUAGAGUAACCAAUAAAACGUUCGUUUUGCAGGAAGAACGCCCUGUCCCGCAACCAGGAAAGGGCGGUGAGUUUUCUUCAACAUAUUUAACUUUAACCCAAGUUUUUACUAUUUCUUUGCUUUGAUCAGUCGUUAAAAACUCGCGCAGUUUGUUCUUAUUGUUACAACAUAUUUGUUGCUGUGUUUUUCUCUCAAAAAUGAAUAUAUUUUGGUGUGAAGUAGAUUGUUUUUUCAAUACAGGCUAUAAACUAUGUAUGUUCUCACCUCCCGCGACGCAAGUCACGCAAAAAUUUCCCAAGCUCGAAUCCUAGGAUUAGAUUUCAAGGAAUAAACAAAUUUGUACUCUAAUGCUGGAAUAAGGAGAAUAAAUAAAGUUUUCCUUCUCCAAAUCCCAGAGAGAGAGAGCCUUUUGAACUCUCCAACCUAAUGUGAGGAUUCACAUCAGGUUUAGCUCGAGAAAACAGCUGACUCUUGGCGACUCCACCACUGGUUUCCUUGCGAAAUGAUGUCUGAUUCCACACUGAUGACAUGUUACCACCCAGAUCUGGGUACUGCUUCUGGCCCCAGUUGUUUAAACGUUGGAUAGCGCCAUCCACCAGAUAAAUCACUAUCCUGCAGAUUAGUAUUAGGGAAAAUAAUAUUUAUUGUACUAUCCACUGGAUAGAGAUUUACUGGUAUCUGGUUGAUAGAGGCUUGGUGUGCUGAAAAUUUACUUCACCCAAUCAGAAGCACUACUCAGAUCUGGGUAGUGAUGAAGUGUCAUCAGUAUGGAAUUUAUCUGUUCGUUUCUCAUAGAGUACAUGUAGUUUCGUGGUAAAACCAUUGGAGGCAUCACAGGUGGCACAAGCUCGAAAUAUGACCAUCGGCACUGUUGUGUAACAUUCAAAAUAUAAGGAUUUGUAUGGGAGAAAAAAACAAUUGUUUCUGUAGCCUACAAAUGUUAAAAGGAUUUAAACAAAAAUCAGCUAACCUUGCUUCAGUUGUGUGUUUCUUCUUUCCUGUGUGGUUCCCGAGCCAAUUUAUGGCCAUUUAAUGGGUGUUAUUGGAACUGGUUUGCUCUCUCUAUAAUAGAUUCCCAAGGCUGGGUUCUGGAGCGAAGCAGUCAUUCGGAUCUGCUAAAGAAAAACAGUCAUAAGUUCACUCCUAAGGCUCCAAUUGCCUCCAUACUCCGCCUAUAUCCCAGAGCAUAGUUCUGCUUUUCAUUCGUGAUCUUUUUUCAAGUGGCAUUUGUGAAAAGAACGAAUUAAAGGUUGCUAAUCUUUGCAAACAUUCCUGUUUGGAGCCAUUGACAGAAGCUUCAUUUGAACUCCAUAUUACCCAAAUGGUUGAAGAUAGUUCAAGUUACUCACGCUUGGGGUGGGUGACAAAACAUUGUUCUAUGUCGAGAUCUCAAAUCGAGCAGCCAAAAUCACACGGAAAUUGGGCUGGUCUGCCUUUUUAUACACAACUGUAGACUCGAAGAAAAUUUGUACAUUGAAAUAGUUCAUGCAUAAACUGACCCUGCUCGGUACAGCGGGCCAGCUCUAUGCAGGCAGUAACACUUAUUAAAUGGCCAUAAAUUGGCUUGGAAACCACUCAGGAAAGAAAAAACACGCAACUUAAGCAAGGUUAGGUGAUUGUUAUUUAAAUCUUUUUACAUUUGAGGGCUACAGAAAAAAUAAUAAUUAUUAUUAUUGUUUUUUCUCCCAUACAAAUCCUUAUAUUUCGAACGUUGUACAACAAUGCCAAUAGUCAUAUUUCGAGCUUGUGCAAGGAAUUUAUUCUAGUCAAGGAUGAUUAAUUUUGAAGAAUAGAAUCUAGGGAAUUUUGUCCAGGAUGUUGUCUACACCAACUCUCCCUUUAAAUAGAAAACUGCAAAAAUGGUCACUUAUAUAAUGAGCGUACGGUCCCUUAUGAGAGCUUUCCAUCACCAAGUUAAGUCACAAAUCAAACAGGGUUUCACAAAGGUGAUCGUAACUAGAGCUGGUCACUUACGAGUGUGGUCGCGAGGAGACCUUCAACUGUAUAAUACUAUAAACAUGAUGAAUUCUCUCUCUCCAUUUUAUUUUUUAAUAAGAGUAGAUGUAAUUUGCUUCUUUAUGUAUGUUAAUGUGUUAAAUGUGUCUAUUACUUCCUCACAGAGGUCCAAAUUGCCAUGUAUGCUGUUGGAAUUUGUGGAUCAGAUGUACAUUACUGGAAGAAGGGAAGGAUUGGUGACUUUAUUCUCAAGGCACCAAUGGUUGUUGGUCAUGAAUCCAGUGGUACAGUGUCUGCUGUUGGUGAAGGAGUUACAGACCUGAAAGUUGGUAAGUUAUAAUUUCUAACACUUGUUGAGAAUUAAGAAGUAAUUUUCGCAGAUGUUGGUAUUUUACUUUUGUAUUUGCACUUGUCUUUGUCUGUGGCUGUUGCAGUUCAACCCAUCCUUGUGUUGUUUGUUGCCAUUUCAUGUGUCCUAUACAGUUGAAACUCUCUUUAACGGCCACCUUGGGGACAGAAGAAAGUGGCCAUUGUAAAGAGGUGGUCGAUGUUGAGAGGUUUUAAACAAGAGUCAAUGUAUGAAUUUUUUGUCCGCCGGGACGAAAAAAGGUGGCCGUUGUAGAGUGUUUGCCAUUAGCUGAGGUUUGACUGCAUAACUGUUUCCAGGGCAUGUCAGGAUAAUUACUCUAAGAGGGCCUCACUAAUAUCCCAGGAAGAAGUUUUUUCCCUGAAUUCCUUCUUGGGUUUCUGUUUAAUGGGUGUUUUGAUUUGAAAUGUUUGAGGAAUGUUGAAUGGGAAAGAUCUGUCACUUGGUGAGACACCGUGACCCCUUUAUACAGAAAUUUAGAAAAAAAGUAAGGCUGGAUUUACGAACAUGUAGCUCUAUGAUCCAUUUCAACUGGAUCAGCAGUUUUUAAAUUACCCUACAAUUUCUAAUAAGAGAGCAUACAGUGAAUUUCCAUCUGCUGUUUUCAGGAAACGAGCUUGCACUCCUCCCCCGAAGCUAUCUCUUCACAGGGUGGACUCGAGAGAGUGGCAGAAAUCGAGACAACAGUGGUUUACAUGCCAUGCAAACUGCCACCUCUUCUUGUUUUUAUUUUUAUAUAUAUAUUUUUUUUUUUCGUGCUAGGUGACAGAGUUGCCAUUGAACCUGGAUAUUCUUGUCGCACAUGCAGCUUUUGUAAGGAAGGUCGUUACAAUCUGUGUCCAGACAUGAAAUUUGCUGCCACUCCUCCGUACGAUGGCUCUCUCUGCAGAUACUAUGUUCACCCAGCAGACUUCUGUUUCAAGUACGUAACAGGAGUUAAUGAUAAUCACUUACAGCUGUUACAGAUAACACAUGUAACCUAACCUGCAUUGUCAAAAACAUUUCAGGAUUUUGGGUUUUUCUUUGACGUCAAUCAAACUGUUACCAUAGCAUCCAAUCCUUGCUUGUCAAAUAAAGGUGGCAAUAACAAACAGUAGCUGAAAAGUUCAAAGUUGGCGGGAAUGUACAGAUGUAUUUUCACCCUCCCAUAUGUGUUUCUUCUGGACUUGGAAGCUUUAUAGGAACAAUGUCAGCUAGGGAAUCUAAACUUGCCAUGUUUCAGUAAGCAGGUAGAACAACGUGAGAGCUAAAAAGUGAAAACACGUGAACUCUGAAGAUCAAAAGCAACGAACCUUGAAAAACAGGAACACACAAAAUGAAUCAAAACCCACCAAUCACAAAUCACAAACUAUAACCUUUGAACCUGUUGAAGUAAACUUCUGUUUCCUAAAUGGUCUGCUAAGAAGGUGCCAAGCCUUCAGAUUUUGAUUGACAUUGAAGAAAAACCCAAAAUCCAAAGAUGUUUUUGACAGCUGUAAUAACAUUAAUAUUUGAUGUACUUCCUGUGUCUGUUUGAUGAUUGUUGAGAAUAUGCACCAUGAUUUUCAAACUUGUGAGGUUACAAUAGCACUUUAUCGUCAGUAGGACUACACAGUCACUAUUUAUAGAACUGAAACUCAGACAAACAAAAUAAAAUUAACAUUACAGAAUUCCUCUCUUUUUUUUUCUUUGGUCACCAAAAUGUUAUCUUUUUCUGACCAUUGUCAUUUCACAAAUUAGUCAAUCUGACAUUAUUAAUUUGUGCACUGUGCCAUGUAGGGGACACUCCCUCAGGUUGAGUCUCUUAGUGACCCACUGCUGUAACAAUUCCACUUUUCUUCUACCGCAUUUAACUUUCCUUGCUUAUGGAAAUAAUUCUCUCUGCAGUACAGUUAUUUCCCACUCCCCAAGGUGAAUUUGGCCUUUUUUUUUAUCUUCCUGUCUUUAACGAUAUAACAUCAACGAAAUUAGCUCCAAAUCUUAUUUUAACCAGUGCUUGACUUGUGUCACAUUUUUACCUUCAACAGACUUCCUAAUCAUGUGUCAUUUGAAGAAGGUGCUCUUCUUGAACCCCUCUCUGUUGCAGUGCAUGCUUGUAACAGGGCUGGAAUUACCAUGGGAAGUAAAGUUCUUGUUUGUGGAGCUGGUGAGUGGAUUUUUCAACAUCUGAACACUUUUCUGUACAUUCCAUGUGGUUAAUAUAAUGUACUCAAAAUUUAUUAACUUAAACUAACUGUUCAUUAUUCUUAACUCCUGUUACUGUGGAUACACUCAGGACUGUGAGUUACUGUCAGUCUGUAAUCACUCAAGGGACAGUCUGUAAUAGUGGGGUGAGAGCGGAAUUUCCUGAGAAAAUGUUAGAGAGAUAACAUGUAUUUACGUGUAUUAACUAGCCGGACUUUUGAAGAUGAACCUAGUAAAAUUUGCAGCCAUUUGAGUGGAAAAGGGAUAAAAGGUAGGUUUUUUGGGCUAAGGCAGAAAAUCACACUAUUAAAAGGAAAGGAAAUGAAAGGAAAAAUAGAAACAGCUGAGCUAGGAGAGAGGAAGGAGGAGAAUUAGUUUAUAUUUUGCCUACUUUCUGAUAGUUUUUAUGGUUAACGUUUUCAAAAAUCCAGCCAGAUAUGCAAAAGUGAAAUGUCCUUUUCUCAAGUACAUGUCUAAUAAUGGGAGUUUCAAUCAAACACCAGACCCUUUAACUUUUUUGGGAGGGGGGGAUUUAGUAGCCCAUACUUUUGUGUUCUGGGGGGCAGAGCCACAAGAUGAUUGGCAGCAAUUCACCGUUCAGGAAAAAUCCUUCAAGGCUCUGCUGCCAAGAAAAUAUCCCGUGCAUAAUAAUCCCUCCAGCUACACAGGCUAGAGAUUUUGCCACUAUUGUUGUAUAUAUUGUAAUGAGUCAUUGUGUGAGGUGCCAUAGUUGGGCAAGUGAGAUUACGAGAGCGGAUCUGUCAAGUGUGUGAAGAGUGAAGUGAUUGGAAUAAAAAUAGUGGAAACUUGUCAUUUUUGCAGUAUAUUUCAUUCGUUAUACUUAUACGGAUUGUAACAGUAUCAUCAGGUUGCCUACAGUAAUGAAGUGUCCAUAAGGCAAGAGUUGACUGUACUGAUAUAACUUCACAAUCCUUUAGGUCCCAUUGGUUUAGUCAACCUUAUGACUGCUAAAGCUUGUGGAGCCACUACAGUUACCAUCACAGGUAAUUAUAUCACAGAUCAGGGGCUGGUCGUUUAUUACCUGUGAGGGGGGGAGGGGAGGGAAGGUGGGCAGCUAUUUUGAGAAAGCUUAGAAGAUUUUCAAACCAACCCCCCACUUCAUGCUAGUUUUUUAGAAUGUCAUCCCCAUAAUUUUUACAUUUUGUGAAAGUGACCCCCCCUGCCCCCCUGCCCCCCCCCACCCAAUUGCUGAGGAAACUACUAAUAUUCUAGGUACAAACCUUGCUGAAGUUCACCACAUUCUUCAUCCACAGUCUUGUUUUUAAGAUCAGUGUUUAUUUAUUCAUGGCUGUUUCAUUCAGUUUCGAUUCACGUUUGUUCCCGGUUUGUGCUACUUCCAUGAAAUGAUUUACUAAAAUGACUCUCUGGGUAAUGAUCCUCUUUCAGAAAAUGACCCCCCCAAACCAAACAAGAUGUUGAGAAUGACCCCCGGCAAAAUGCUCCCCUCCCCCACUCCCUUUUUACUUGUAAUAAAUGAGCAGCCCCUUGCAUGGACACACCCAAUACUUGAUCUUUUUAUUCAUCUGAAAUUUUCAGAACAACCAAAAAUGUAUUGAAUGAUUUGCUCAUUGAAGAUGUAAAAAUCCUUCCAGAAUCAAUUUUAGGUGAGGGUAGACAGGGUGAGAGAGUAACUUUUGCAAAAGUUUCUUGCAAAAAAAAAAAAUUGCAGAAGGUAUUUUAAAUUCCAAGUGUACCAUUUUCUUGUAAGUACAUAGUCAUGUAGUAUAGUUUUGUACAAGGCUGUAAAUUUUGAAGUCUCAAUUCUGCUAUUCCAGGACAAGGCACAAACUGACUACAGUUGAUUACAUGUAAACGCAUUAAUUUUUACUUCUCUGCUAAUACAGCAAGGAAAACUGAACAAAAUUAAUAAAAUCAGAUGGUUAAUUUUUAGAGGUAUUAUAAGGAGAAAUAUUAGAAAAAAAGGUGGUAUUAUGAGAACAAUAUGUCUUUCUUACUCCGACCUGUACACUGUACAUCUCACAUUGAAAAUGCUUUCACAUAAUAUGCUAUCACUGAAACAACAAUGUUAUAUUUUUGCCAAUUCUUAUAAUAAAGGUUUAAAGAGUAAAUUGCACUAAAAUCCAGCUAGUUUAAGGCACUUCACUCAGAUAUUUAGAAACAAAUAUACUGCAAUAAACUAGAACAUAACAGGAUAAAAAAAACCCAACUAGCAGGAGGCAGCCAGGUGGCUAUUUAAAAGCGUGGGUGAGGAUUUGAACUCAGAACAGCUGAAAACAAAUCCAGCAAGUGGCCAGAACAGGACUCGAACCUGGUACCACCGGAUUGUGAGGCCAACAAGCUGGUUACACAACCUACACAACCACACUGCCUCAGAAUAUCCAUAAUUGAUUUUAUGGUAAUAAAUUGUCUUAGAUAUUGAUGAGGGGAGACUUAAUAAAGCCAAAGAGCUUGGUGCUGACUACAUUAUCAAAGUGGAUCCAAGUAAAGACAGCAAGGACUUGGCCAAUAGAGUAAAGGACUGCAUGGGACCAGCUGAUCAAAGCAUUGAGUGUAGUGGGGCAGAGGCAAGCUUUCAUACUGCAAUUCAUGUAAGUUGAAUUGAAGUGGAACAUCAUCAAGCAGUUCAAUGUAGAAAUAAACAUUAAAGGUGUUCCCAAUUUGGCAAUCAGUCCACAGACAAGCUGGCAGUUAAUAAAUUUUGUCCUCGCUAGGAUCUGUUCUCCCAGCACUUAUGCAUUCCUUCAGUAUUGGAGUAGUUUCAAGGUCUUGGGGUUAAAUUAUGUUUUUUCAUUUUCCCAAGAAAAAUGAUAACCUGAGUAAGGAUGGAGCUGAGUCAAAAUUUAACUCUUAGAAGGACCUCAUCACCUAAGGAUUUCUUAAGAACUUGUGUCCAUGUGUUCCAUGAUUGAAUCACAAUUUGGUAGUGAUGGUCUUUGAGGAGAGGUGCAGGGAAAAUUGAAGCAUGUGGAGAAAACCUUCUGGAUCAAAGGACAGAAUCAUUAACAAACUGCUACUCGACCCACACAUGGCAUCUACGCUUAGAUUUGAGCCCGGGCCACAUUGGUGGGAGGCGAGUGCUCUCACCACUGCAUUAUUGUUUUUUUCAGGCUACGAAAUCAGGAGGUACUUUAGUGGUUGUAGGGAUGGGUAAACCUGAAGUGAAGUUUCCUAUUGUAGAUGCACUGGUCAGAGAGGUGGAUAUCAGAGGCAUAUUUAGAUACGUGAACUGGUGAGUUGGAAACUGUUGAAAAUUCUAAGAUAAGGUCCUUCUCCUUUCCCAAAUUUGAAAUCAUACAGACCUCUCUCACAUUCUACUCCAGUGAACAUACACACUGAAAUGAGGUCAAGGCUUGGGUAGACAGUUCCAGAAUUUUGACACCCGAAGUAACAAGGUAGUUCACUGUAAGCCGCCCUCUCUAUUAAACCUCCCUUCUCAGCUGAAGAAAGUUAUCACCCACCCCUUACCCCCGCCCACUUUGAUUUUAAAUGAUAGACUUUAAUAAUCUCAACUGUAACACUUCACGUGGACUGACCAGGUAUAUCAUAUGCUGGAAGCUCGCUUUUGUUUUUGAUCGUCAGCUGCCUGACCUCCAACUUCAUGUACCUGAGCCUUUACACCUUACUGUCUAGUUUUUAUGGAGAAUUGAUACCUAUCAUGUUCACUAAGUUGAAUGAAAUCCCCCUCUCAAGUAAGUCCUCCCCUCUCUAUUAGGCCCCCUAAAAUGUGCUUGAAAUAAAUAAGCCCCCUGCGGGCCUAACAGAGGAUUUACUGUAAUAGCAUAAACUAGCGUGAUGCUGAUCACUGAGUAAAGGCUUAAAUAAUAAGCCUGCAAGCCUGCUCUCUAUUUUGAGCAGUACAUGAAGGGCCCUGUGAGAGCUAGUUUAUUUUAACAAGCAUGCUUUAAAGCAGCUAAAGUUUUUUUUGCUUUCUUUCUUUAUUGUAGUUACCCCAAAGCUUUGGCCUUGGUUGCCUCUGGAGCGGUGAAUGUUAAACCUCUUGUCACUCAUCACUUCAAACUUGAGCAGUCACUUGAAGCUUUUGAAACUUCUCAAACCGGCGCAGGAGGAGCUAUCAAAGUUAUGAUUCAUUGCAAUGAGGAUUAUCGGAUGAAAUAAAAAUGUGUUGGAACAUUACAGCAAAAUGGUGUUACUCUGUAAUAAUCAUUGAACACAGUGGAAGCACGCGUACACCAGAGGCAAGAUUAUAACUAUGUUUGCCAGAAGCUCUUAAUUCGUCUGUAGUUGGUGCGGGAGGAGUAAUCAUGCUAAUAUUUAAUACUGUGAUGCAGGGAAUUAAAUCAGACGUUAUAAAAGACAUUUCAUAACCUAAACUAGACGAUUUUCUCGUAAUUUAUAGGCAUUCGGUGACUUCGUUCCAUGGUAAGAUCAUUCCAAGCCAGAACGUUCCACAAUGUAGUGAGAACUUUUCAGGAGUGUUAAAGCAAUGAGCAGAAACAAGGGCGUUACUCAUGCAUGUAUACCUCAUUCUUUUAGCCAAGAAGCUAAGAAAGCGAGCUUCACAUGGAGUUUAAUGUUGAAACUGUGGAACAAUAUGACUAUGAAAUGGAAUGAUGUGGCUUAGACAGUGGAAUAUUAUCCAAACUCUUAGGACCAUGAUGAAUAGUCCAGAAAACAAAAAUAUGAAUAUUGGUACUAAUGACUCUUGAAUAGAAAACGUCAUUAAGAACAACAAAGAGUAACAUGGCUUUUGAGCCAAUGAUAAUUACUGGUCUUAAACUGGCUUACCUAGUAAAGAUCGUGCUAAAAAUGGGUGUCUUUGAAAAGUCUAACAUAUAUAUUUUUUUUAAGUCUUGCCAUCAAUGCAAUAACAGGGGAAAAAAAGUUAAGGACAAUAAAUUAUAACCCAGUAGCAGACAGUAGAAAUGGAGGAGGAAGAUACAAAAUAUCAGCUUUAUUUGGCCUGGGCACUCAGAAAUAAAAUUGUUUAUCUUUCCUGUCUUGUUCCCACAUUCAAAGCUUGGAAAUCACAUAGGAAACAUGCUCCACUACAGUUUCACUAAUUAUUAUGUUUGGGUCGAAUUAAACUAGCAUGACGUGAGUCUAAGAGGUUGUGACCACCAGUAUAGAUACCAGAAGUGGAUCCACAAAAUUCAGAAAGGGGGUGGAUGGGGCAGGACACUUGACAACAGCUAUAUACUUAGAUACUGUUUAUUUCAUAGACAAUCCUUUUAAAAUAAUAAUAAAAACAGAAAAGGAGGCAGGGAAUGGUCCAGUCGGACCACCCCUUGAUCCACCCAUGGAUACCUUUACUUAAAAUACACAAAAAAAGUCUUAUAAAUUACAUUUGUAAUAAAAGAAGGAAGAAAAGAGGGCCCAAAUAUGUUAAUGAUCUAAUAACUGC